UCUUAAUUAUCUCUUCUCCCUUUCCCUUCUUCCUUACGUCAUUUUCUCUUGUCUCUUCUCCCCCUCUCUGUUCUCCCUUUCCUUUACCUCUUCCCUAUUUCCCCAAAAUACUUAAUCCCUAAUCUACAAACUCUACUUUUUGUCUGUCUUUUGCUCCUUCAAAACAAAAUAAAUAAAAUAAAGAAAUAAUAAAAAUAAAACCCCAAUAUAACUUCCAUCCCGCAUAUCAUUUCCCAUAAACUCAUUUCUCCGCAACAAAUCGAAUCAUACCACAAGCAUCACCAUUACAAUCUCUCGUUUUCUUUUUUCUUUUGGCAGAGUGCCCCCUGGCGGAUUUCGUGAGCAGUUCCGGCCCCGAGAAAGUGCCAUACGUGUUUAUGCCUCUGAAACACCAGCUCGUCCAUCCCACGGCGGAGGUGGCACUGCUUGGCCUAGAGCACGGAGGCACCCCCCUCCUGUCCCCCGUGUGCGUGGUCACGAAGGGGAGCCUCCUGACGCAGACGGGCUGGAGGAACAUGGCCAACACUUCGACUUUCGAGCCGCCCUUUAGGCUCUUCCGCGACGGUGGGCGUACCUACGUGCAGUGGGUGGGCGAGGAGGCGGAGCGAACUGCAGCGGAGGGGCGUCUGGUCCUCGUCACCCUCAUCUGCCGAGACGCCGCUCAGCCCAGCACGCCCGUAUUCCGCCCGUGCUUAGCCUUCAGGGUCGCCGGCAGCCCAGGAGCAUCUGAAGCCGCCCUUUCCGCUCCCGCCCGUGGCCAAGGGGCGGGUCUCUCGUCCGCAGAAGGGGCGAUCAUAGGUCUUGUGGUCACCUGCUUAUCCGUGACCUACGUUGUGGCCAUGACGGUGUACAUUAGGGUGAAGAAGAGGAAGGAGAGGGAACAGAAUAUGUGAGUAAUGGUG